GCCUGCUUCCUAAUCGAUGCGUCUCUAAUGGUUCAUCCCUCGCCAGGCCGGGAACUUUUAGUUAUCGCUCGAACAGGACCCCGCAAAGCCAGGCCGGCCGCGUUUUCAUCGCCAGCGACGACCGAAUAGAUGUCGAAAUCCCACAAAGCGCAGGCUUCGGCCUCUACAGGCUCUACAGGUUCAACCGCUGAAAAAAUGGCCAGACAAGCUACUACUCUGGAAGCGUCGGGGCUCUUACAGACCGUUCAAGGGCAUGUCGACGAUCUCCGUGUCCUCUUAAACUGUGGCGUGUGCAUGCGUCCUCUCUACGAACCGUUUACCAUUUCCUGUGGCCAUACCUUCUGUUACAGCUGUCUCUCGUCGUGGUUCUCUGGUGGACGAACGAAUAAAACAUGCCCUGACUGUCGAGCGCCUGUCAAACAACAACCGUCGCCCGCUUACCUGGUACGGUCACUCGUCCACAUGUUCACCGGCCGCGCAGAGCUUUUGGAAAAGGGAGAGACUACCGCGGAACACCUAAAACACCAGCAGGAGGAAGCCGAAAAGUUGGAAAGGGACAAAUCGAAUAACGACUCAAAGACAGGGGGCCUGUUUCAUGGAAUCUUCAAAGACAAAAUCAGAAUACCCCGGCCGAUCGUCGACCUCGAAGACAAUGUGAUACGGUGUCCCAUCUGUGCGUUCGAACUGGAGGAGGACUCGGGCUGCACGCAAUGUGGAUAUCGGCAAGAUGCCCAGUCGGUGACCGGUACUACCGAGUCCGGGGUUGGUUUGACAGAUACAGACGAGAAUUCAGAAAUGACGGACUAUGCCGACGAAAUCGAGGAUGGAUUUGGUGAUCUCGAUGACGAUAUCGAAUGGACAUUUCCACGAGUUGCAUCGCCAUCAUCCACUCGAACGGUUUGCUCUUCACAGCCAUCACCACCACGAUCUGCACUCACAUGACACGGCAUCAUCGAGAGACUACAGUGAUGAGGACGAAGAUGAAGGCGACACAGAGAUGGAUUCAUUCAUUGAUGAUGACGAGCAUGAUGAAGAGGAUUACGACUCAGAAUCAGACCGGUCAACGGUAGUGGGAGAUCAUUAUGAUAUUCAUGAUCAUGAUGAUGACGCAGGGACAGACUCGGACGUAUCAAUGUCCGCAGAUGGAGAACCCGGUAGCGACGCCUCCCUAGAAGAGACAUCCGAAGGAGAUGAGGA